ACCAAUCAGCGUUCGUUUAGGUUCCGGACGCGGUGAUUGGUCAGUCUCUGAGUUGCUCAUACACGCCUGUGUUAAAGGCUAACACACCGCGCAUAACACAUCCUGUUUCAUCAUCAGCGACCUCAGGACCUCUCAGGACAUCUCAGGAACCAUCAGGACCUCUCAGGAACCAUCAGGACCUCUCAGGACCUCCUGCUACACGUUUAUCUCCUCAUGGCUUCAGACAGCAGCAGCAAGUGUUUAGCUGGAUUCUGCCCGGAGUUCCGGUCAUUCGCCACGGACGCGAUUCACGCCGGUCAGGAGCCCGAGCAGUGGAGCUCCAUGGCGGUGGUGCCUCCGAUUUCACUGUCCACCACCUUCAAACAGUUCAGUCCCGGAAAUCACGCCGGAUUCGAGUACAGUCGCAGCGGGAAUCCCACACGGAAUUGUCUGGAAAAAGCCGUCGCUGCGCUGGACGGAGCUCAGCACUGUAUUUCUCUGGCCUCUGGAUUAGCCGCUACCAUGACCAUCGUGCACAUGCUGAAGGCCGGAGACGGGAUCCUGUGCAUGAAUGACGUCUACGGAGGAACCAACCGCUAUUUUAAAAGAAUAGCCGCGGAGAUCGGCUACGACGUCUCCUUCGCUGACUUCACCAAGCUGGACGAGUUAAAAGCGGCUCUAAAGCCCAACACAAAGCUGUUGUGGAUCGAAACGCCCACGAAUCCAACCAUGAAAGUGCUGGACAUUAAAGCCUGCUCAGAAAUCACACACGAGUACAACAAGGACAUCAUCGUUGUCGUGGACAACACCUUCAUGUCCGCAUACUUCCAGCGCCCCCUGGCCUUGGGAGCGGAUAUAUGCAUGUACUCUGCUACGAAGUACAUGAACGGGCACAGUGAUGUCGUCAUGGGGCUGAUUUCUGUUAACCAUAUGGGCUUGUAUGAAAAGCUGAAGUAUUUGCAGAACGCUCUGGGGGCCGUCCCAUCCCCGUUCGACUGCUACUUGUGUAAUCGCGGCUUGAAGACGCUGCAUCUGAGAAUGAAGCAGCACUUCAGGAACGCACUGGCUGUGGCAAAGUUCCUCGAGGCUGAUCCCCGGGUGGACAAAGUCAUUUUCCCAGGUCUGCCGUCUCACCCCCAGUACGAGCUGAUGAAGAGACAGUGCUCAGGCUGUCCGGGGAUGAUCACCUUCUAUAUCAAAGGCAAACUGGAACACGCCACUUCUUUCCUCAGCAACCUGAAGUUGUUCGCUCUUGCUGAAAGUCUCGGAGGCUACGAGAGUCUGGCUGAGCAUCCAGCGAUUAUGACUCAUGCUUCGGUGCCAGAAGAGCAGCGGAGGGAGCUGGGAAUCACGGACACGCUGAUCCGUCUCUCUGUGGGACUGGAGGAUGAGGAGGACAUUAUCGCAGACCUAGAUCAAGCUCUCGAUGCAGCUCAAAAGUCUACACUCGUCAACGCGGGCAAGGACUGACGACGUUUCGGCAGAACGUUGGCACAGUGAUGUAGACGAACAGACGAACAUGUUUGAAGUCAUUUUUACAUCAGGGAUCAAACAUGACGCAAAUCAGUACUUCCAUAGAUCAGGUGUUUUUUUUUUUGUUUGUUUUUUCUUUUCUUUUCUUGGAGAUUUUUUUUUGCAACGUGACUAGGGUUAGAAAGGGAAUUCCUAAUGAACAUUGCUGCUGUAUUUCUGUCCUUAUACUGUGCUCUUGAGGUAGUGCGAGUGUGUGCGAGUGAAACAACUACAGCACCAUUCACACCCAACGAGCAAGGAGACACACUUCUCUCUAUACCGUGUGAAAAAAAACAAAACGAUCCUCCGGAUCACAGUUUAAAUGAACAAAAUGGCCAGGCCGUAUUUUUAUUAUUAUUAUUAUUAUUAUUUUUUUAACAGGAAAGGUUGCUUUGAUUAAUCUUCUGCACUGCUACACCCAUUAAAAACCAUAUGUAAUUUA